AUGGACACUGUGGGCACACGACGGGAAGGAUAUGAUCGCUCAGCUCCCGAGCUAAUGAUGUCACCAGAUAUCUACUUACUCAGACGUCACGUCCCCUCUACUGAGUUCUCAUACCUCACUCCACCCCCGGUUACGAAGCGCCGUGACCGUAUCAUGGGCUGCAAUGCCAAGCGCACUCGACUCCGCGUCACACCUGCCCACUUGUGUGCACACCUGCCUACCUGUGAGAACUUGCACAACCGCGCGAAGGCGGAGUUCCAGAUUCGCCUCGCAGAAGGCCGCACCCGCGCGGUACCUGCGCGGUACCGGCAGACCUCCGGGGCGGAUUCGCAGACCCCAGCAGUUCGGCUUUCAGAGGCCAUGACCGCAGCCACUGGGAACAAAGUCUGCACAGGGUGGACUCAGCCGAAGGCAGCCUUGGCUCCAGAGCCAUGGGGCUCGGAGGAAUCAGAGAGUUGGGGAGGAAGCAGAACAGCAUGUCACCAGCUCCUGGUGAUGGGGGAGCUCGUGGCAGGAGCUGCGGGCGACUGUGGGCAGCUGAGAGUCAGCAAGGCCAUGGGGCCUCGACGCUGGGAACUCAAGUCCGUCCGGAAGCUGAGUGAACCUGGAAAUGGAGUGUUGUUUGAUGGUCAGACCUCAGAUGAGAAGGCAGCCGGGUCAACAGCCUGA